AUGCGUGGGGUAAGCCGACAUGGAGUAGAUGCUUUGCCAAUUAUACGUCGUAGUAAAACGCAUGGUGGAAGAUCUAAGAAACUGAUAUGCGAACUAGAAGCAUCCCUUCUUACCAAUCCCUUUGUACACAUGUUGGCGACUCCACUUCGGCGAUGCUUCGUAACGACAGCCACGCUGCCGAACGCACUAUUGAUUAAGCUAAAACCAGUUUUCAUGCCAAGUGCGGAUGGUACAUCUCUCGAAGAGACAAUUGUACCUGAGGGCCUAUUGCAUCCUCGUUUUGAAAGCCAACGUACGAGUCCAGGGAUGUACAUUACCGCUGAUCGAUUCGUAUUUCAGCAUCUUGUAAAAAAACGCUUAUAUCGUGCGAUGGCGCCAAAUGCCACUAUCUCACCUCACCUGGAAUCACUCAUUACACACCAAUUGAUGCAACGCGUCAACCAAGAAGCCGAGUUGUUGUGCAAACGAGCACAGACAGGUGCUUUGGUGCGCACGGUAGAUGCACAGCCUGUCGCACUACUGCAGGAAACCGAAGGCACCCUAUGCCGCCAAUGGACCCCUGGCCUCCGACACGUGCCGACAUACGCCUUGCCUCGUUUGAUGCAAGACGCUCGGCUACGAGAUACCCUACUGGACCACCUGACACGCGCAUCGAGAACAAAUCGAGGUUGGGUGCUCACGAGCACGGACGGUAUUCGAACUUGGCACUUACAACGACAUCAGCAUACAACAAGUAUGGCUGUCGCAUUAUGGCGACUGGCUGCAUGGAAUGAUUCUGGUGCAAAAUUGUCGCCUGUGUGA